GAAAACAUGUCGGUUUUAGACGCACUGGUCAACGGAGGAGAGAAAAGAAUCCGACUGCAGAGUGCUCUGCACGUAAAGCGACUGAGCAAAGACGCCGUAUUGCCCACCCGAGGAUCGCCGCAGGCUGCUGGAUAUGACUUGUACAGUGCUGCAGAUGUGGUAAUCCCAGCUCAAGGGAAGGAACUCGUGCCUACUGACUUGGCUGUUGCAGUGCCUGAUGGCUGCUAUGGAAGAAUAGCCCCUCGCUCAAGCAUGGCAUGGAAACAUCACAUUGAUGUAGGAGCUGGUGUCAUUGAUGCUGAUUACCGUGGGAAUGUGGGCGUGGUAUUAUUCAAUCUUGCACAGAAUCCAUACCAAGUGAAGAAAGGCGACAGGAUUGCUCAACUGGUGCUGGAGAAGAUCAUGACUCCUGAUGUCAUGGAGAUGGAGGAACUGCCAGAGUCAGAGAGAGGAGGUGGUGGGUUUGGGUCAACUGGACUGUGAACUUCCUCCUCCUUCAUUGUUAUCACCAUUAUCCAUAACCAAAAUGCUGAUCAAAUUGGAAAAAUGUACAUCAUAGCUGCACAUAUCAUACGAUGGAACACACCUUGCUGAGUUGCCACCGUAGCUCAGCUUGCAGCCUCGUUAAUAAUACAUGCUUCCAUACAAGGCUAGAAAAUAAGUUAACGAAUGCUCUUCGGAACAGUCUGGGCUGAAAGAGCUCUGCCGGAGGUGCUGAAUGUUGCCCUUUGGUGUGUCAGUGAGAUCAGAAAAAUAACCUGAGGCUGUUUCUGUUGUUUUAAAUCAAUAUUACCACACCAAUCACAAUUUUGUUUUAUACGCUUUUUAAAACUGAUGAUGACAAUAACCAGCCCCAUUUCUGUUUGAGGCCCAAAAAAUAUAUAAGGUUGAAAAUUUGCCAACCUUCAUCUCUCUAUUAAUUUUCGUAUUACCCGUCGAUUGUUUACUGCAAAAAAAAAUUUAAAAACCAAGGUUGAAAAAAAUAUAAAAAACGCCCAGCCCUUCAUCUCUCCAGACAGACGUCUACGGACGCAGUGCUAUGCCGAACUGUACGCUGCCCUUUGAGAAACGUGGGUCAGUGGUAUAUAGAUUUGUGGGUA